UUUGCUUUUCCUUGCUUACUUUCGCACUUCGCUUCUUAGUUGAAUAAUUUGAUUGAUCCAUAAUUUCGUCUUAGAGUGUAGAUGUCUAUCGUUCAUUGGUUCUAGGGUCAACUUGAAUGGUUGAUUCGGUUAAAAGGUUAGAUUUCUCUGUGGAAACAUAAGUAUUUGUGCUGAAGUUAUUUGUGGAUGAAGUAAUUCAUAUUAUUAUUAUAUAAGGUAUAAGUUAUUUGUGGAUGAAGUAAUGGAGAAUUUUGCAACAUAACUGUGCUGUGGUCAGCGUUGUUUUGGGUACUUAGUCCUCACACAAUUCCCUGAUAUUGUUUUCAUGAAUUACUUCUUGUUAAUUAAAUAAUACUUUGUUUCUUAAAAUUACUCUGAAAUAUAUAGUUCUUGGAGGCACAUGGGGAAGAAGAGGACCGUGUUCUUUGCUUGUUUGCUCUUGUUUACCAUGCUAUUAAGUUUUACCAAUGCAGGAAUAACGACAGAAAGUCCUCUGUCAGUAGGCCAAACUCUCAGUUCCUCUAAUGGUGAUUAUGAAUUGGGGUUCUUCAGUCCUAAUAACUCGCAACAUCAAUAUGUCGGAAUCUGGUUCAAGGGUAUCAUUCCGCAAGUGGUUGUGUGGGUGGCAAAUAGAGAAAAGCCUAUUACAGACUCCACUGCAACUCUCGCUAUCAACAACAAUGGAAGUCUUAAGUUAUUUAAUGGCAAACAUGGCGUUGUGUGGUCAACUGGAGAAGCUUUUGAAUCUAGCGGCUAUGAAGCAGAGCUUAGAGACAACGGAAAUCUAGUUGUCAUAGACAAUGUUUCGGGAAGAACCGUAUGGGAAAGCUUUGCGCAUCUUGGUGAUACUAUGCUCCCUUUUUCAGCCCUCAUGUAUAAUCCCGCCAGCGGUGAGAAGCGGGUGCUGACUUCGUGGAAAAGUUCCAGCAAUCCAUCGCCUGGUGAAUUUGUAGGUCAGAUUACACCACAAGUCCCAUCACAGUUGCUUAUUACGAGAGGCUUGACACCUUACUAUAGAACCGGUCCAUGGGCUAAAACAAGGUUUACGGGGAUACCGCUAAUGGAUGACACAUAUACAAGUCCAUUCAGCCUUCAUCAGGAUGCAAAUGGAUCAGGAUCCUUUACUUAUGUUGAUAGAAACUUCAAACUUUCACGUAUAGUCUUAACAUCAGAGGGAUCCAUGAAGAGGUUUCGGCAUAAUGGAACAGAUUGGGAAUUGAGUUACAAGGCUCCAGCCAAUUCAUGCGAUAUUUACGGUGUAUGUGGACCGUUUGGGUUGUGUGUUGUGUCAGUACCUUUAAAGUGUCAAUGCUUUAAAGGAUUUGUUCCUCAUUCCAUUGAGGAGUGGGAAAGAGGAAACUGGACUGGGGGUUGUGUGAGGCGUACUGAACUACAUUGUCAAGGCAGCUUUACUGGAAAAGAUGUAAACAUUUUCCAUCCUGUUGCUAACAUAAAGCUUCCAGACUUUUAUGAAUAUGCAAGUUCUGUGGAUUCAGAAGAAUGCUACCAAAGUUGCUUGCACAAUUGUUCUUGCUUGGCCUUUGCUUAUAUCCAUGGAAUAGGGUGCUUAAUGUGGAACCAAGAUUUAAUGGAUGCAGUGAAAUUUUCUGCAGGAGGUGAAAUUCUUUCCAUACGUCUUGCACGUUCUGAACUAGAUGUAAGUAAGUCCAAGAAAACCAUUGUUGCUAGUGUUUUGAGCUUGUCUCUGUUUGUGAUAUUGGCUUCUGCUGCGUUUGGUUUCUGGAGAUACAGAGUGAAGAAACAUAAUGCUCAUAUAUCGAAGCAUGCAUGGAGGAAUGAUCUGACACUACAAGAUGUCUCAGGUUUAGAGUUCUUUGACAUAAAUACCAUUCAAAAUGCCACCAAUAAUUUUGGUCUAUCAAACAAACUCGGACAAGGUGGAUUUGGUUCCGUUUACAAGGGAAAUAUGCAAGAUGGUAAACAAAUCGCAGUAAAACGGCUCUGUAGCAGCUCUGGACAGGGCAAGGAUGAAUUUAUGAAUGAAAUAGUACUCAUCUCAAAACUCCAACAUAGAAACUUAGUCCGGGUUUUGGGAUGUUGCAUCGAUGGAGAAGAGAAGCUAUUGAUUUAUGAGUUUAUGUUGAACAAAAGCCUUGAUACUUUUGUCUUUGAUAAAAGAAAAAAGCUCGAGCUUGAUUGGCCUAAGAGAUUUGAUAUCAUUCAAGGUAUUGCUCGUGGGCUUCUCUAUCUCCAUCGUGACUCACGGCUCAAGGUAAUUCACCGAGACCUGAAGGUCAGCAACAUUCUUCUGGACGAGGGAAUGAACCCGAAAAUAUCAGAUUUUGGAUUGGCUCGGAUGUACCAGGGAACCCAAUAUCAGGACAAAACUCGCAGGGUUGUAGGAACUCUAGGAUAUAUGUCUCCUGAGUAUGCAUGGACUGGAGUAUUCUCUGAGAAAUCAGACAUCUAUAGCUUUGGAGUUCUACUGUUAGAAAUCAUCAGCGGAGAGAAGAUCUCACUGUUCAGCUAUGGUGAAGAAGGAAAAACACUUCUUGCAUAUGCAUGGGAAUCUUGGUGUAAAUCCAAAGGAGUUGAUCUUUUGGACCAAGAUAUUGCUAAUUCAUGUCACCCAUCUGAAGUUGGAAGGUGUGUUCAGAUUGGGCUGCUCUGUGUUCAACACCAACCUUCAGACAGACCCAACACACUUGAGUUGCUCUCUAUGCUCACCUCAACAUCAGUUCUUCGACCACCAAAACAACCCACAUUUGUAGUUCACUCUAGAGAUGAUGAAUCUCUGUCUAAAGAUUUGAUCACUGUCAAUGACAUGACCCAAUCUGUGAUCCUUGGGCGUUAAGAAAUAAAUAAUGCAACUUUGUGGAAUUGAUAAACUUUUCCUUUAUUCAUUCAUUAUUCACGUCUC